AUGAAGCACUGGUCAAGUAUUGAGUUUGUCAUUGACGGAAAAGUUGUAGGCGAGCGCAAAGCAGACCCAAGCCAAAAUAACACGGGCAACGGCCACUCCAACUUUGAAACUAAAUCGCCUUCGCGUGGCUCACAACAUUCAAAUGAGGAGAGUUCUGUCAGCCUGAAUUAUACGCCCGACCCCAGCGUUAUGAAUGAAUUUGACGAAAUGGGCGGCUCCAGCGACUUGAAGCUGCCAAAGAAAAGAGCUGCUGGGAAGUCGUCAAAUGAGCUGAAUCCGAACUUGAUAAACAGGAUUCUGAAAGAAAGCUCUGGCAGCAAAAAGAAAGAAGCUGUCCAGGCUGUCAGGCAAAACAAAAUCGAUGCCCCGUGCAUUACGUAUAGGAGCAAAGGACCUUAUAGCAGUCUUAAAUUGCCUCCAGCACUGCCAAUGCUGAAAAUUUUACAAAUUACGCCACCUAACUCGCCCCCCUCAGUGAGUGAACAAAAACAAUUUUUCUCGAUCUUACGAAGGAAAUUAAUUUAAUUUGCUAAAUUUAUUUUUUAAAAUACAAAUUAUUAAAAUUCAACAGAAUUAGCUAGAUAUUUCGCUAUAAUAUUUAUAACUAAUAUAUUUUUUAUAAAAAAGAUUUUUCAUGCUAAAAAAAAUUUGUUUGUCAUAUAGGGCGGCUUUAAUCUAAAAAUGGGGACUUUUCCGAUAGUUAUGCUUGCUCAUUGAGGGUGGGGAAGUAAGGAAAGAAGUGAAAAAGUCUGUGAAUGUGGGAAAAAGGCAAAGUACAGGCAGCCAAAAACACUUAAGCCGUUUUGUGGACUGGAGUGUUUGAAGCUUCUUCUCGCUAAAUAG